AUAAUCAAAAACCUGAGGAGCUUUUGCUAGAAACUUUGCUACCUGGACACUGCUGCUUAAGCUUAGAGAUUUAGAAAAAGGAAUGCGAAAGAGUCGCAGCUCCUAUACAGUAUAACCCAGCUGUCCUAGAGCCAGUGACCCUCGAAGCUGGGCCCCGCAGAAGAUCGCCAGCCGAAGGGGCAGGGACAGACAGGCUCUGCCCGAGACAGCCUUCUCCGGGCAAGCCCUGCCGGACGGAGCUUUUCGCCGCCGAGGGUUGCUCCUGUCCAGGUGUUCCUGCAGCCACUGCUCCUUUGGGCCACAAAUACGUCCCGACCCGUGCCCCUCCGUACCUGCCCCGCCAGCCUGCGGCUGCCCCGGGAGUCUCCGGGCGGCCUCGGCCCAAUUAGGCUCCGGUGCGCGCCCCCGCCCUCCCGCCGCCACUUAAAGCGCGGGUCCUCCAGAGCACAUCCUCCCUCAGAGGGAACUGCUGGUGUCCCCGCGCCUCCUCGGUGGUUAUUCUGGCCUCCUGCCUCUUCCUUCCUGAGAAUUUGGGGCAACUUUGCUUUGCGUUUGGUCCCCGUCGUUGCUAGAAUAGCAAGCUCUCCCGCAGAGCCGCUCCGGCCCGCUUGAGGCUUUCUCAGGUGGUGCAGCCGGCGGGGUGCGGAUCCGCGCCGAGGCAGGGGAGCGCGGCGGGGGCACCAUGCCUGCCACCUUCUCCGGGCUGUGCCUGGGGGGCCUGCUGCUGCUGCUGCUCUGCGACAGGGUCUCGGGCGAGAGGCCUCCAGAUCCAGCUAUGACAACACAGGAUUCCAAUCAGACUGAGGUGAAUUCCGUGACUAAGAUGCAAUCUGGACAUGAAUCAUCUGGUCUAGAUCCUGCUACAGAAAAGCUCAAGCCAGCAAGCAAGGCGAACACAAAUGUCACAGAAUAUGAGAUACUCCUAUCAGGUGUGCCUGGUGCUCCAGUGGAAAAAAAUAUCUCUUUGCCCAGUCCAACUAAAGUUGAACUUACAUGCAAAUUAGAUGAGAAUUCCAAUUUGAAAAAUCCUCAGGUGACUUGGAAAAAGGGAAGUGAAACAGUCAGUCACACCACUAAAACUGCGAACAGCUGGAGCAUCGAAUUGACCAUCUCAGACAGCAGUCAUCUGGGAAAUUACACUUGUAUUCUGAAAGGUGAUAAAGAAGUCAGUGGUAUAUUUCGUUUGCAAGUACCAAAGAUUGAAAGAAAAGAAAGACCCUUAAUCACUUACGAAGGAGAUAAAGCUGUAAUGGUUUGUAAAAUUGGGUAUAAUCCCAAGAAUUGGACCUGGUACAUGACCAAUGGAACUGAGCUGGUUUCCAUUGAUAAGAUUUUGCCUGCAGGCAAGUUUCAAAUUAUGAGACAAUCUGCCAGUGUAAGCCGUCUAGAGAUACUCAGGCUCACCAAGGAAGAUCAUGGUGUAUAUUGGUGUGAAGCUGCCUUUGAUUUAGGGCCCAGUAAAUCGAGGUUUGAAGUUAGAGUUCUGUCCAUCGCAGAACCUCUCAAGCCCUUCAUAGCAGUUGUGGCUGAAGUUGCUAUUCUUGUAACUACUAUUGUCCUCUAUGAGAUGUAUUCAAAAAGGAAGGAAAAAAGAGGUGAAAAAGAGUUUGACCAAAUUGAGCAACUUAAAUCAGAAGAUGACAGUACUAGCAGACGCAAGUAGUUCUAGGCAGAGAAGUUAACCUUGAAAAAGAGAUUUAAGCCAACAGAAGUGCGAAUUAUCACAGCUACAGAAGAUGUAUGCAACUAUACAUUUUAAACAUUUGCUGUCUUUUGAAGUAGUCUUCUACAAUUGAGUAAUAAGAUGCUUUUGAAAUAGCUCUGAAAGUACUCAUUUUAUACAGAUGAUAUGAUACAUUGUAUUUAGACCUUUAUAUGUAACAUUUUACUACUAGCAGGUGUUUUUUAAUGUAAUUAGGCUUACUGUUGGUUUAUGAUUGUUCUGUUUGAUUUUUAUCUGCCAAACUGAAUUGGUGUUGUAUUCACUGAAUAAAUUGUUAAUAUAGAGUAGGCAUAUUAUCUGAGUGUUAUAAAACUGGACACAUAAGAUCAAAAAAGUAUUUCCACCAAAGAAAAUGGCUUUUACUAGCUGAUGAAGCAAAUGUGAUAUAGCCAUUUUUACCAAAGAAAUGGUGAAAGGGGAAUCUUUAUCAGGACUUAAAUGAAGCAUUAAGGGAGUUGUGAUUUACUCUGAAUAGUAAAAUGUCUUCAUUAUAACUCUUCUUAGCUUCAUUCUCAGUUCUGUUACAUUGUGGUCCUUAGUAGGGUAAACAUUUAGACACCUUAGGGCUCAGAUAUUUCAGAGCAGAUGAAAGAAGUAUUGGGGAUACAGUACCUUCUCAGACUAUGGCUGCAAUAAUUCCUUAUGCUUGAAAAACAUACUGCACUCUGGGCCUGCAAAGCCAGUUUGGUUAUUAUAAUUUAUGUGAUAUGCUGAAUUUUUAGGAAUAUGUGUAUAUGUUUCUGAUGAUACAUACUGUCUAGUUGGUACUUCUGCUUCUUUCAGCACACUGUUGUUUCUUAUACACCUUGCAAAGCACAGAGUGGGUCUUGAGCAGCUAAAAUUCUCAGGAUAAUAGGAUAAAGCAGCAUGAAUACCACUAUUUCUCUUACAUUAAAAAUUCAACACUGCUGUUAAUGACUUGUAGUACUGCUUUAGAAGAGUGAGUUGCCAUAAUAUCAUUUAGUUACAUUCACCAAUUGAAAAAUGUUCAGAUAAUAAGAAAACGGUUGCAUCAGUUGCUUUUGUUUCAAAUAAUUAAAACUUCAGUUUUGAGAGGAAGAAGUAAGAGUCUUCCGAAAAUCUUUUUUUCUCCAUAAAAAUGUAAGGAAAAACACAGCAUUUGUAGACUCUAUAAGAAAGUGAAAGAAGAAGAAAAAAAUACACAGAACUUCUUUGUAAUUGUAAUUUUCCAUUGAACAUAAAGGAAUGUAUAAAAAACCAAAUAGAUAAAACAGAUUUAAUUCCCUUCCUUUGUUUUCUAUUUUAGUGUUCUUAUGGGUUUGAAAAAUAUCAGAAAUCCUAGCAUUGGCUCUUUUGUUGGAAAUGGGAGACAAAAUCCAGUUUCAUGUGUGCUUUUUUGUUUUUCAUAAUUUGUUUCCCAGUUUGAAGAACUACAAGUUAAGGUCCAAAUGAGAACUUCAAAAGUACUGGAUGAAUGACUCUAAGCAGUGAACACUGAUAAAGAUUCCCCUUGCUUAGAUACUGUGUUUAUUGUAUUUUGCCUUGGAGUUUCUAUGCACUGUUAAAACCAGAAUGCAUUUACAGUUUUUUAUAUAAAUUUCUCAUUGAUAUAAUUGAUAUUUUUAUUGCAGCAACUAAGUAUGGACAGUUUUUAAACAUUUACUUCUGUAUACUGUUUGGCACACUUCAGAGUUUGUAGUAAUUUGUUUCUUGUAGGUAGUUCAAUAGUAAAAAACGUAGUCUUACUUAGAGAUCUAACAAUUAUAUUCCGAAUAAAGCAAGCAUUAAUAUAUUUUGCAAUAGAAGUGAGGCUAGGUACUGUCUGGAAAAAUCCUGCUGCUUAAUCAGCAACAGUAACAAUCUUUCUGCCUUCACUUAGCAUUCUUACCUGAUCUUGCAGUUGGGCUAUGAAUUCUUGGCUAACAUAGGCAAGUCAUACAAAUAGAUAGUUUUUUGGCAUUAGCAGGGAAAACCUGGAUUAAGCAUGGAUUUUUAGAAGCAACACAUUUUAGAUCUAUCAGGACUAUAUUGGCUUGGUCAGACUGGCUGCUGAAGCUAUAGCGUUGUCUUGGCCUACAUCUAGCAUGUUCUCCUUGCUUUGUCUGAGGGAUUUGGUGUUUAUUUUUAGGUUGGUGGGUAGCUUUUUCAUUAUUAUAAGUGGUUUUAUUCUAUGCAUGUUCUGCUAGACUUAAAUCCUUUUGGUCUGCUCUGUGGAGGGGAAUAGCAAAUAAUAUUAAAUGGUAAAUAUUAAGUAAUUGGCAUAAUUAAUGGUCAACUUCAAAGGCAUAAACUCUACUUUUCUUGGUCCAAGAGCUCUGGAAGUCUUGAAAUUUAUCUUUUGAGAAGUAUGUGUUGCGUAUGUUCAAAACAUUCCCAUUGCAGUUGCUUUAUGAUCUUAGCAUUGAAUGGAACAAAAACUUUUUAACUUCAAAACACCCCAAAAUUCCAGGCUGUGAUGGCUUUUUUUUUUCUACUACAUUCAAGCCAGGAGAUACUAAAUAAGAUCCAAAACAAUUGUGAAAUUUCCUUUAAACAGCAGUUGGAGCCGAGUGUAAGGAUCCACAAAAUUAGUUUUAAUAACAAAACAUUAAUCUAUAAUAACUGAUUUAUGUGAAUAGAUCCAAUGUUAAUAAUUACAACUGUUUGCAAAUCUUAUCCUCUAAGAUGAAAACCAUUUCUUGCAAGAUGGGAUAUUUUACUGGAUUUUAGACCAGCAAAAAAAAAAACCCUUACCUGUUUCUUAGAGGAGAAGAUUGAAAUCUGCAAAAGAAUCCUGAAGGGCUGUUUUCUAAUGCUUCAAGCUGCUUCACUGCUAAUUCUUCCUGCCCUUAGGUCCAAAGUAGACACAAGCAGCUCUGAGACCAAAUUCCUAGUGAAGAUGGACAAAUAUUAGAAGAGCUUCCAAACUGGGGGUUCAAAUAGAACUGUAUUUAUAUUGCUUUAGUAUGGAGACCUAAGCAUUACAUUGCAGUUGUUCAAGAAAAUUGAUUAGCUGUAGCCCCUUUGACAAACAUAGUCCUGAGGAAGAGAGGGAAGAUGCAUCAGUACUGAUGUUGCUACUAGAAUCAGCAUGCAUGUGCCUCUAACUCACUUUUUCAGCCAGAGGAAGUGAGGUUUAUAUUCUGCCUUUAAAUUGUGCCUCAGAACUUUUGAGCACUAACUGCUGAGCAAUGAAAAAUGAAAAUAAGCUGAUGGGUACUUUAAGGGUAGGGGAGGAUUUUGAGACAAGUGGUACCCUAAUUAUUGAGCUACCCAGCAUGUGUUGUCUGACCACAGUUAGCCAUUUGAUGGAAGCUCCCCUGAAACAGGCAGGUGAGGAAGCAAGCAGUUGAGAAUGUUGUAGGGACAUGGGAAGGAACUUCAUGUUGGUGUUCUCUAGGGGUCCUGAGAGACAGCAGAAGCUGAGAUAACUUGCAGUUAGACAUAUGUGGGGAAGACUGAAUGCAAAUCUGUAGGAGAAAACAUGUUUUCAGUUGUACCACUCAGAUUGUGUAGGAAGUUCUGUACAGCAGCUGAAGACAAUCUGCCAUUGCUGGACACUGGGACAGAUGAAAUGUCUCAUAAGAGAACUAGAAGUUACUUAGAAAAUAUUUCUCUGCUAGUUUAACAGUUUUAUAGUCUUGCUACUUCAUUAUGCUAGAAUGUGCAUACAUAAUUCUUAGUGAAAAAAUAACCCAAGUUCCAAACUUUACAACUUGUAACUGAAGGUCUUAUUUGUCAAAAUUUACUGUUGGCAGUUGAGUUCAUUUUUGCGGUUGUAUAAUGUUCUGCCAUGUACAAAAUUACUUCCUUAUAGAAGCUUCAUCUGCUUUGUUUUUGUGUUCAGCUUUAUAUUUAACCAAAGAGAUUUGGGGGAUUUUUUAUUACUUCUAAUUUUUCUAUCAACUGACUUGCUGAAUUAUUUUUAGAUUGACAUUAAAAGUUAACAAUGCCUUGAAGGAAGAAAUUUGCUUACCAUAGUUAAUUUUGGUUUUCUCUUUUGCAAUAUGUUUCUUAAAAGUUUUGCUCUGAAACUUGACAUCAAAAUACGUUUUUCUAGUAAAAGACUACUAAGCCUCAUGCUUUUUUCAUGCUUGCCUUAUUUUACAUUCUGAUUUCACACUCCGUGCUCACUCAACUGUUUCGUUGUACUUCUUAAGCAAGCAGAAAUGCCCUGUUUGUUUGAUUUAUAUCAGAUAAUAAGAAUGAUAGUUAUGAGUAGUGUGAAUUGAUGUGUUUACUUAGAAAUAAUUUCAAUAAAUUUAACCAUAAAGUGA